AUGUUUUCAGGAGAUUCCGGCUAUCCUUUGAGGCCUUGGCUAAUGACGCCCUUAAUGCAAUAUCAACCAAAUACUCCCGAAGAAAGAUACAAUCGUAGAUUCAAACAUGUUAGAAGCUUGAUUGAAAGAUGUAUUGGUCUUUUGAAAAUGCGUUUUCGGUGCUUGUUGAAACACAGAAUACUACAUUAUUCUCCAGUUAAAGCUUGUAAAAUAGUAAAUGCUUGCACUGUUUUACACAAUAUAUGUAUUGAGAAUAAUGUACAAUUUCAAAAUGAUGAAGAUGGUAAUGUGGAAGAAAUUGACUUAGGAAUAUUUGGAGUCGAUGACAAUGAAAGACAAGAUAUACAAGGCUUAAAUGAAGAUUUAGUAGCUGGUAGAAGGAUGCAGCACCGUGUUAUAAGAUACUUUGCUUAG